AUGCCUUCCACGCCCAACAAGCGCCAUGUCUGGACGGUUCUCGUCCGUGCGUACCCUGCCGACGACGAGCCAGCUGCCGCCUUCGCCACAAACGAAAUUUGGGAGGCUGGAUUUACCGGUGGGGAGACCAAUGUCGCCCCUUUCACGUUUUCGUGGCGAAUGACAGCGGGCGGAAAGCCCUGGGUCGACCGAGGAACCGACGCGGAUCCGUUCCUCAUUGCAAUUUCAACGAAGAACCUGCUGCGUAAAGCAGAGCGCGAUCCGGCACCAUUUAUCGCGUGGCAUCCUAUGUUCGUAGUGGGCGUCUUUGAUAGCAACCGCACGUUUCACCUCCUGGUGAUUUUGAAAGGAAGAACACUGCACCGAGGCGCUGUGUGCACUGCGCUGCGUGGAUACGCAAGUGAUCAACAAGCCUAUGAAGGUUCUCGCCGAAUGCAUGAGCUGCGAAGACAAGAACUGAUCUUCGAGCACGUACCCACGCGCAGCAAUGUAACCUUCUUGUCCAACGACGCUGAGAUCACUGGUGACAUGGUAGCUGUCGACGUGAGCACAAACCGCUGUCCGUGUCUGUACAACGUGAAGUACGCUGCUUGCGUGCACUCGUUUAUUGCGAUGCACGAUCGUGCUCACACAGAUGAGAGCGAACGAUUCUGCUACCGUGGUCCUGGUCGCGAGGCGGGCAAAUCUGCGCAAGCUGCUGGAAGGCCUAUGAACAACAGGCAAGCGCUUGGCGAUGAGCGCAGUUAG